CCAAUCAGACGGCAAUGGAUGCUUCUGGUUUUGCACAUUGGAAACAAACGCAAUGCUAGCUUCCAACGCAGUCUAUAAGGCGUGUUAUGUACCAGGCGGAGUCUAUGACUGGGAAUUGAAUAUAGGCUACCCUGCUUUAUUUUAGGAAGCUGUGCAUACGCAUUGUGCACCAUUUUUAAUCACCAUUCCAUAGUUUAAGUGUAAAAUAGAAUAUACACAAUGGUAUGCGGCGGAUUCACCUGUUCCAAGAACUCCCUCUGCGCCCUCAAUAUUCUCUAUGUCAUGGUGAGCCUGCUCAUGAUUGGCAUUGCCUCCUGGGGGAAGUGGUUUGGACUGGUGUCUAGUUUCCAGGUGGUUGGCGGAGUCAUAGGAGUGGGUGUGUUCCUCUUCUUUGUGGCACUGGUAGGACUCAUUGGAGCCAUGAGGCAUCACCAAGUGUUGCUUUUCUUUUACAUGAUUAUCCUCUUCAUGGUGUUUGUGGUGCAGUUCUCUGUGUCCUGUGCUUGCCUGGCCAUCAAUAAAGACCAGCAGAGCAAUCUCCUGGAAGUGGGAUGGAAUAGCUCUCAAAUCACACAGAAAGAUGUAGAGAAGACUCUCAACUGCUGCGGCUUUUCUUCUGUUAACUACAACGGGACUUGUGAUGCUCCCUGUUUCUCCAACCACUUGUGUGCCACAUGUGCAGUUAAGAUUCAGGAGCAUGCCGGGGAGGUGCUGCGUUUUGUUGGCGGGGUCGGUCUCUUCUUCAGCUUCACAGAGAUAUUGGGUGUGUGGCUAACAUACAGGUAUCGGAAUCAGAAGGAUCCUCGUGCAAAUCCCAGUGCUUUUCUCUAAUCAGAUCAGCAUUCACUUUUAAAAACAAAUAACUGCACUAUAUUUAUGACUACUGCAAAUGUCUUUACAAACAAGCACCUAUUUGAACGAGCAUUGAGGUGGGUGAAUUGAAGCAUUUGGUCAUCAGUAGUGUGUCUGCUUUUAAAUUGAGUGAACUGCUGUCCAGCUCUGUGUUCAAGUGCUUAAUAGAGGCCUCCAAAAUACUCUAAAUUUCAGAUAUAUGUUUUUAUAAGGCCCUGAUGUAUUUCUAAGGGAACUGUUAAACUUUGGCCCUCAAAAUUAAAUCCAGUAUAUUCUUAAUGAAACACUGCUGUAUCACAAAAUGGCACUCCUAUGAUUAAGACUUAUAUAAUCAUAUAAUAUAUUAUAUAUACCUGCUGAUUUGAUAGGAUGUCCUUGUAGGAACAUAUACCUAACUGAAGUAUAAUGUUAAAAUAAAUAAUGUUCAAUCAAAUUAAACAAAUUGCAGUUUAAACAUUCACUCAGAUUUUUUCAGUGUUGAAUAGCCUUUUCCAUGUUGCAUUUAAAGUUUUGGUCUGAUUGUUUUUGCUUUUUUACACAGGUAAUAUGCUUUUGCACAUUCAUUUGAAAUGAACUGACCAUUCAGUCUAAUCAUCUGUGGAUUGUUGCUAUUGCAAACCGUAACAAAGCAAUAAUAGAAUUUAACUGUAAAAACAGUGUAAUUUAGAGAACUUUAGUUUUAUUUAAAGACAAAAUAGGAAUCAAAUUAUGAAUGAGUCUGCUUUAGUAAAAAGCUUUAAUAUUAUGCAAUGCAAGACCUUUUAUGUUUAGCUUAUGGUUUCUGAACUGUGUCUGCAGUAUCAGUUUCACCUUGACUUCGUUGUGUGUGUGUGUGUGUGCUUGAUUUCUAUGUGCAUGCAUAUAUCAAAAUCUAUGCCUACAUCUGGCAGUUUUGUGGAUGGUGUACUCAAAUGUUUGUAACAAUAAACAAAGAAUAUAAUAUGUUGUUUCAUUAACAUUAGUUCACAUGUGACUGCACUGUAGUUCACUGUUUGUGUUUGUUAUGCAUCCGAAAAAUUAAAAUAUCAGGGAAUCUUUUCUUUGAGAUAAGAAUGCUGUCUGGGACAAUUGCUAUAAACAUGAUGAGACUGCUUUGUUGUUUUUAUUUUUCUUAUCCAUUUACAUGAAAAUGCUGCUCCCUGGUGUCUGAAACUGGAUAUAUUUUUCAUUUGAUUGUGGAAAGCAGAGCUGAUGUGUGUGAGUUUACUAAAGACUGACCUGUGCAAAUGUAAUAAGGUAAUACUCCACACCUUCUGCAAAUAAUUAACAUAUUGCUAUACUGGUGGAGGAAAAUAGAGGAAAAUUAAUGGUAGAAACUUCCAAACGAACCAUGAACCAUGACAGUGCAGACAAACAGUUCUGGGCAGUGAAUCCUGAGGAUUUGUUGUCAUGAGGGUCCCUUUCCCUGGCUGUUCAGUCUGCCAGUUACCUUUCAAUUCAACAAGUAAAGGCACUUGCCAUCACCUGUACAAGAUAGACCAAUUGUUGCACUUGAAUUAGUGUUUAAAUGUUUUCUUCACUAAUACAAUUUGAGAAAUAAAGUUUUGAAUUCCUGAAUAAUGAGUUUUGAAGGCAUUGCUUCUGUAUCCUUGACCAUGAUCACUGUUGCAGUACUGGAUGUACAGUUUUAAACUCAGUAAAGUCAAAGAACUGAAACAUUUAACACUAUCCUACCCCUACCUACCUACUUCUGAUCAGUAGCAUGACAUCAUCUUUCCUUAUUCCUACAAAGUCUGUAGUGAUCUAUUUUUGUCAUAUAGAACCUAUAAACCUCUAUAACCUAAAA